AUGAGAGCGCUGCUGGCCGGCGGGCGCGGCUCCACAGCCGCUGUCCCUGCCCGGAAAUGCAUCUCAUCUAGCGUCAGUAGCGCGUGGCGGUGCGCGUGCAGCUCGCCGUUGCGCAGAAACCCACGAAGGGGAUCAUGGGGGAGCGUGCUCACGCGGGUGCGGGCGGCCGCUGGCGGUGGCGACGGGCCCGCUGAGAGCGCAGGCGGGCGCACCAUCUUCGACAAGCUGAACGAGGAGGAGCCCACGUGGUACCACCCCGAGGAGUACGACGUCGUGGUCGUGGGCGCAGGACAUGCGGGAUGCGAGGCCGCCCUCGCGUCCGCCCGCGUAGGCGCGCGUACGCUGCUGCUGACGCUCAACAUCGACCGCAUCGCGUGGCAGCCGUGCAACCCCGCCGUCGGCGGCCCCGCGAAGUCCCAGCUGGUGCACGAGGUCGACGCGCUCGGGGGCGAGAUCGGCAAGAUGGCGGACCGCACCUACGUGCAGAAGCGCAUCCUGAACGCGAGCAAGGGCCCCGCGGUGUGGGCGCUGCGGGCGCAGACAGACAAGCACGAGUACAGCCGCGAGAUGAGGAAGGUGCUCGAGCAGACGCCGAACCUGGACAUCCGCGAGGGGCAGGUCGUCGGCCUCGAGAUCGGCCCGAACGACGACGUGCGCGGCGUGCGCACCUUCUUCGGGGUCACCUUCCGGACGCGCGCGGCGGUGCUGACGACCGGGACGUUCAUGAACGGGCGCAUCUGGGUCGGGAAGCGCUCGAUGGAGGCCGGCCGCGCGGGCGAGGCGGCCAGCACGGGCCUCACGGAGGCGCUGGUGUCGCUGGGCUUCGAGACCGACCGCCUGAAGACCGGCACGCCGGCGCGCGUGGACGCGCGCACGAUCGACUGGGGGCGGCUCGAGGAGCAGCCCGGCGACGAGCACGUCCGCUGGUUCUCGUUCGACCAGUCCGUGCACGUCGAGCGGCCGCAGAUGUCGUGCUACCUCACGCGCACCACCGCGGACACGCACAAGAUCAUCCGGGACAACCUGGACGAGACGCCCAAGUACGGCGGGUGGCUGCCGUCGAACGGGCCGCGGUACUGCCCGUCGAUCGAGGACAAGAUCGUGCGGUUCGCGGACAAGGACUCGCAUCAGAUCUUCCUUGAGCCCGAGGGGCGCGACACACCGGAGAUCUACGUGCAGGGGUUCUCGACGGGCCUGCCGGAGCGGCUGCAGCUCGCGAUGCUCCGGACGCUCCCGGGCCUCGAGGGCGUCACGAUGCUCCGCCCGGCGUACGCGGUGGAGUAUGACUACCUGCCCGCGCACCAGUGCAACGCCACGCUGGAGACGAAGCGGUUCCAGGGGCUGUUCUUCUCCGGGCAGCUCAACGGCACGACGGGGUACGAGGAGGCCGCGGCGCAGGGCCUGCUCGCGGGGCUGAACGCCGCGCGGCGCGCGCAGGGGGUGGAGCCGGUGUCCUUUCCGCGCGAGGGGAGCUACACGGGGACGCUGAUCGACGACCUGGUGACGAAGGACCUGCGCGAGCCGUACCGGAUGCUGACGAGCCGGUCGGAGUACCGGCUGCUGCUGCGGUCGGACAACGCGGACGAGCGCCUGACGCCGCUGGGGCGGGAGCUGGGGCUGGUGGACGACGCGCGGUGGGGGAUGUUUUUGGGCAAGAUGGCGCGGAUGGAGUCGGAGCGCGCGCGGCUCGCGUCGACGCGCGUGCAGGUCGACAGCGCGGUGUCGGUGGAGGCGGCGGAGCUGUCGGGGCAGGGCGUGAGCGCAGCAGCGCCGACGCUCGAGGAGCUCCUGCGCAGGCCGUCCGUGCACUACAGCUUGCUGGAGCGGCACAACAUGGGCGCGCCGGACUGGCCGGCGGCGGAGGGAGCCCUGGGCGACCUGUCGGCGUACUCGUACCCCGACGAGCUCCCGGAGCCGGCGGGCACGCUGGGGCGGUUCGAGAAGGAGGGGGUUGAGAUCGGCAUCAAGUACGCCGGGUUCAUCCGGCGGCAGGCGCAGCAGCUGGAGCAGGUGAAGCGGAAGACGGGGCGGAAGAUCCCGCGGGACUUCGACUUCAUGGCGUGCGCGAACCUGUCGAUGGAGGCCCGGGAGAAGCUGGACAAGGUGCGGCCGGAGACGAUCGGGCAGGCGAUGCGCAUCGGGGGCGUGAACCCGGCGGACAUCAGCACGCUGCUGGUGGAGCUCGAGGUGCGGCGGCGGCGGCAGGGCGGCGAGGGGGACUCGAGUGACGAGGCGGGGUUCAAGAAGCUGGGGCGGCGGCAGAUCCGUGAAAUGAAGCUCAAGGCGGCGCAGGCGGCGCAGGAGGAGGCGGCGGCGGCGAGGGAGCCCGAGGAGGCCAGUGCGGCGUGA